AUGAGAAUCGCCGCGACUUUCAGUCUGCUAUUUCUUGCCAUUUUCCAGGUUUCGUGGGCGCACAAUGUACUUCUUCCCCCCUACGGGCGGCGCUGUUUCUUUGAGCAGUUGAAAGGCGGGGACGUGCUGACAAUCACUUAUCAAUUCGGCGACAGAGACCCACAAUCACAUCAACAGCUGUCUGGAGACCUGCUGGUGUACGGGAUUGACGGACGGUCAGUGCUGGAUGCGCAGCGUGCGUCGUCGCACGGUGAGUUGACCUUGAAGGCGCCUACAGAUGGCAAAUACCAGUACUGCUUUGCGAACGACAAUUCGGGCUACCUGACUAAGGAUGUCACGUUUAAUACCUACGGUGUUCUCUCCCCCGAUGCCGCUGAUUCCAGCUCGGAGACGCUAGAGGGUGCGGUGCGCAAGCUCUCCAUGCUCACAAUGGAAGUAAUGAACGAGCAACAGUACAUCGAGAUUCGCGAACGCACACACAGGAACACUGCUGAGUCUACAAAUGACAGGGUCAAGUGGUGGUCUAUUUUCCAACUGGCCGUUGUUGUUGCGCAAUCUCUCUUCCAGGUUUACUAUCUGCGUAGCUUUUUUGAGGUUACUUCCUAUGUCUAG